CGCAAGCAGACCUGACAACAAGCGAUCGGUUGUGAGAUUCUGGUAAUAUGGGCAUAGCUUUGGUAUUUUAAUGCUUCGGAUAACGCAGAGUCAAAUGAACAAAGGCUUGAAAAGAUUUUACUGUUACUAUACGUGCACUGUAAUUGCAUUUCGGCCUUAUCACUAUGCCGAGCCAUAAGCCUGAGAAGCAGGAGGUCAGCGAUAACGUUAAGGUCGUGGUGAGAUGUCGUCCCCUCAACCAGAAAGAGACGACGAUGGGCCACAAACAGGCCGUCGUAGUGGAUGAGAUGCGUGGGACCAUCACAGUCAACAAGCUGGAGACCCCCCACGAACCUCCCAAGACCUUUACUUUUGACACUGUUUUUGGUCCUGACAGUAAACAGCUGGAUGUCUACAAUCUCACAGCCCGCCCCAUCAUUGACUCAGUGUUAGAGGGUUACAAUGGCACAAUCUUUGCAUAUGGGCAGACUGGCACAGGAAAAACUUUCACAAUGGAGGGUGUGAGAGCGGUGCCAGGGCUCAGAGGGAUAAUCCCAAAUUCCUUUGCUCAUAUCUUUGGGCACAUUGCCAAGGCAGAGGGUGACACAAGAUUUUUAGUUCGUGUUUCAUACCUGGAGAUUUACAACGAAGAGGUGCGGGAUUUGUUGGGAAAGGACCAGCUGCAGAGGCUAGAGGUGAAAGAAAGACCAGAUGUUGGCGUGUACAUAAAAGACCUGUCUGGUUACGUUGUGAACAAUGCUGAUGAUAUGGACAGGAUCAUGACACUGGGCCACAAAAACCGGUCUGUUGGAGCCACAAACAUGAAUGAACAUAGCUCGCGCUCUCAUGCUAUCUUUACCAUCACCAUCGAGUGCAGCGAGAAGGGCGUAGACGGCAACCAGCAUGUGCGCAUGGGAAAACUUCAUCUGGUUGACCUUGCGGGCUCAGAAAGACAGGGCAAGACUGGAGCCACAGGUCAGCGUUUAAAGGAAGCAACAAAGAUAAAUCUGUCUCUCUCCACGCUGGGUAAUGUCAUCUCAGCCCUGGUGGAUGGCAAGAGCACUCACGUUCCCUACAGGAACUCAAAACUGACCCGACUACUCCAGGAUUCACUCGGUGGAAACUCCAAAACGAUGAUGUGUGCAAAUAUAGGACCUGCAGACUACAACUAUGAUGAGACCAUCAGUACCCUUCGCUAUGCCAAUAGGGCUAAAAACAUCAAAAACAAAGCCAGGAUCAACGAGGAUCCUAAAGAUGCCCUACUGCGUCAGUUUCAGAAAGAGAUCGAGGAGCUCAAGAAAAAGCUGGAAGAAGGUGAAGAGAUCUCUGGCUCUGAUGGCAGUGCAUCAGAGGAGAUGGAUGAAGGUGACGAUGAAGGAGGGGUGGCAGGAGAUGGUCGAAGGAGAAGAAGAGAAGAAAGAGGAAGGAAGAAGGUUUCCCCAGACAAGAUGGUGGAGAUGCAGGCAAAGAUUGAAGAGGAAAGAAAGGCUUUGGAGGCCAAGCUAGACAUGGAGGAGGAGGAGAGGAACAAGGCAAGAGCAGAGCUUGAGAAGAGGGAGAAGGACCUUCUUAAAGCCCAGCAGGAGCAUCACCUCCUGCUAGAGAAAUUGUCGGCUUUAGAAAAGAAGGUGAUUGUGGGUGGGGUGGACCUCUUGGCCAAAGCUGAGGAGCAGGAGAAGCUUUUGGAGGAGUCCAACAAUGAACUCGAAGAGCGUCGCAAGAGAGCAGAGCAGCUGCGGAGGGAACUGGAGGAAAAAGAGCAAGAACGUUUGGAUAUAGAAGAGAAGUAUACUAGCCUGCAGGAAGAGGCUCAAGGAAAGACCAAGAAGCUGAAGAAAGUAUGGACCAUGCUGAUGGCUGCCAAAUCUGAAAUGGCAGAUCUGCAGCAAGAGCAUCACAGAGAAAUCGAGGGCCUCCUCGAGAAUAUCCGCCAGCUGAGCCGAGAACUCCGGCUCCAGAUGCUCAUCAUAGACAACUUUAUUCCCCAGGAAUACCAGGAGAUGAUAGAGAACUAUGUGCACUGGAAUGAGGACAUUGGAGAGUGGCAGCUGAAAUGUGUGGCUUACACUGGCAACAACAUGAGAAAACAGACUCCUGCUCCAGACAAAAAAGAAAAAGAUCCAUUUGAGGUGGAUCUGUCUCAUGUGUAUCUAGCCUACACAGAGGAGAGUAUGCGGCAGUCGCUGAUGAAACUAGAGAGGCCCAAGACCUCUAAAAGUAGCAAGAGUGGCCGUCCCAAGACUGGCCGAAGGAAAAGAUCUGCAAAGCCAGACGCUGUGAUCGAAUCCCUUCUGCAGUGAUGACAGCACAGAGGAGAGCCCCAGUGCACUGCAACUCUCAUGUUACCUGAAAGAAGCUGUUGGUCCAGUUUAUGACCAAACACUAUCUAAAAAAUUAUCUGCAUACUUUAAAUAACUCAUACGGUUUUACAUGUAAAAGAGUUGCACCUGUGAUAGGACUUUAGACUUCUUGGCCUGGAGGACCCGUUAUAUGUAUUGUGGUAUUUUUAUGUGGCUUUGAGACAUAUUUCAGCUGCACCAUAACCAUAAAAACAUACAUUUCUCUUUUGAAAAUGUCUUAAAUCCUGACAGAAGCUGACAGAAACAGAGCUGUGAGCUUCUAAACUGAUUUCCUGCGAUGUGACCAACUGGUUUGUGUUAAGUGGCCCGUGCGAAUAUUAAUGUGUUAUGAUUAAUUUCUGAUUGCGUGUGCAAUUUCACAGAAAUCAUUUGGGUAAAAGGUUAAAGUAUUUAAAUAAUUAUAUACAUGAAAAGUUUGCUUUAUACUCGUUCCUGUAGGUAAGGAGCAUAGGAGCAUGCAUGUCAGUCAACUCUUACUGCUAAUAGCUAAAAUAGGAAAGUCAUCUUUAUAUUGUCAGAUGUCAGGACACUGUGUUAUAUUAUUAUAACAAGAUACUACAUGCAUAUGGUAUGCCUUAGUAUAAUGCACUAGUAGGAUUUUUUGUGAAGAUGAUUUCAUUUCAUGGUGUUUUAUAGUGGAGGCAAAAUGGCUUUUAUUUGGUAUCAUAUUGUAUUAUCAUACUGUCAACUGUUUACAAUCCCUAAACCACUGUUUUUUUUUGGGGGGGGGGAGGGGUUAUUUAUUAAAUUAUUCCACGUGUUUUAUCUCA